GGCACAUGUCAGCAUCCUCUGACAUUGUGUCAGAGUAAGCCUUGCUGCUCAUUUGUGGGGAACUUUUUGUUGUUUAACUGACCGGGGAAUGUUCUUUUGUUCUAGAUGGAAAAAGAUUAUUCUUACCUGAAGGAGAUCUGUGACCACCAAGCAGAACAGCUGAGCAGAACCAGCCUAAAACUUCAAGAGAAAGCAUCAGAGAGUGAUGCAGAGAUCAAAGACAUGAAAGAAACCAUAUUCGAAUUGGAAGAUCAGGUGGAACAGCACAGGGCUGUAAAGUUACACAAUAAUCAACUCAUUAGUGAACUAGAAAGCAAUGUGAUCAAGCUGGAGGAGCAGAAGUCAGACCUGGAACGGCAGCUAAAGACCCUGACAAAGCAGAUAAAGGAGGAAACUGAGGAAUGGAGGAGGUUCCAGGCAGACCUGCAGACUGCAGUGGUGGUGGCCAAUGACAUCAAAUGUGAGGCCCAGCAGGAGCUGCGCACUGUGAAGAGAAGGCUGCUGGAGGAGGAGGAGAAGAACGCCAGGCUACAGAAGGAAUUGGGGGACAUACAGGGCCACAGCAGACCUGUGAAUGAUCAGUCGGAGGGCUCAGAGGUUGAUGCUGCUGGCCGGUGGCAUGGCGUCUAUGUCAACAGAACAUCUUCAGCACCUUCGGAGUCUUCAACCACUGUAAAGUCACUGAUCAAGUCCUUUGACUUAGGACGCCCAGGUGGAACUGGACAGAAUAUUUCUGUCCACAAGACUCCCAGGAGUCCCCUAAGUGGAAUACCAGUGAGGACUGCUCCAGCAGCCGCUGUCUCUCCAAUGCAGAGACAUUCGACGUACAGCAGCAUGCGGCCAGCCAGCAAAGGGCUGGCUCAGCGCUCGGACCUCCCAGACCUCCCCCUCUCAGAUCUUCUGAAGGGAAGGGCUGAGGACUUGAAACCAGACCCUUACCUCCGAAAGAGUCCCUCUCUGGAAUCACUGAGCAGACCCUCCUCCCUGGGCUUCGGGAGCAGCAGACUGUUGAGCACCUCUAGUGGGGGGUUGAAACCACCCAGCAAACUCAGUGUGGAAAGAAGAGACCCUCUGGCAGCCUUGGCUCGGGAAUAUGGUGGCUCCAAGCGCAAUGCCCUACUGAAAUGGUGCCAGAAGAAGACAGAAGGUUAUGCGGUUUUGGAAUGUGCUGAUUUCUACAAAGGUGGAACCAACUCCUGA